AUGCUUUUAAGAAAUCUGGAUCCUCCAAAGCUGUGCAAUGGAACAAGACUGAUUGUCAGGCAAAUGUAUCCGCAUCUUUUGGAAGCAACAAUCCUCACUGGACAAGGAAAGGGAGAAAAUGUGUUUAUUCCAAAAAUUCCACUGAUUCCAGCAGACGUGCCCUUUGAAUUCAAAAGACAGCAAUUUCCAUUAAGAGUUAGUUUCGCAAUGUCAAUUAACAAGAGUGGAGGACAAUCACUGGAAAUUAUUGGACUUUACCUAAUGCAGCAGUGCUUUUCCAUGGUCAGCUCUAUGUUGGUUGUUCCAGAGUUGGAAAUGGCAACAACCUCUUCAUACUCACACCAAAUGGUAAAGCCAAGAAUGUUGUUUAUCCUGCUGCUUUGCAGUGAUCCCUAA